GUGAGCUAUUUUUAUUUUUUUAUUGCUUAGGUGGUUGGACGAGCUCACGGCCCACUUGAUGUUAAGGGAUUAUCGGAGCCCAUAGAUAUUUAUAACGUAAAUGCCGCCGCCUUGAGAUAUGAGUUCUAAUGUCUUAGUUUUUAUAGUAGGUACAACUGCUGCCCCACUCUUCAAACCGAAAGGCAUUACUGCUUCACGGCAGGUUGGUACCUACCAGUAAAAAGUUUCACUUAUCAACUGCAAUAAUAAAAACAAAUUCGAAUACUUUACAUUUGAAUGGUGAUGAAAAAACUUGUUCUUAUUUCUAGAAAUGUUCGAUCCAUCUAAUUGAGCCUUAAAAACAUACAUUUCACAUUACACGCUAAAUAAAACAAAGAACUUCAACCGGAGGUGUAAAACUAAGGAACGCGGUGGUGUCAGUGGUUUUCCCCUUAAGUUUGUUAACAUAGCUACACGACAGCAUAUCAAUACUAUUUAUUAGAUUCGUUAUUCGUAAAUUUCGUGAAUUGCCACCGCAUACAAUUACAAUGCGGUGCUGUACUUGUUGGCCAUUAAUGAACUCUGGGAUACGUCAUCCCACGCGAAUACAACCUCCGAUUCGCUAUAAAUGACGACAGGUUUUUUGCCGAGAUAUGAACUAUGUUUAUGCAUCGCUUUAUAAAAGCGACCGACAACAAAAUAUUAACAUUGUAUUUUAGAAGCUUCACGACGAUGGAGCUCAAGUAUUAUUAUAUUUUAACUGUAGUGAGUUUAGUGAGUGGGACUCCUCAUGGAUACGGAACUAAAGGGGGAGCAUCAGCGAAAGCUGAGUCAGGGGCCAUAGCUGGAGCGAUUGGUGGCAUAACCGGACUACCACUCUCUGUACCCCCGGGUGGUGGCUUCUCUGGUAGUUUCUCAAAAUCAUCUUCAUCUAGUUUCUCAUCAUCCAGCGCUAGUUCUAGCUCGAGUUCAAGUUCUUUUAGUUUUUCUGGAACUGGGCAGGCUAAUGGAUGCGGAUCAGGAAGCUGCAAACAAAAUGGCAUUAAUACCGAUCUUGGCAACCAUGGACCUGGAAUCCUUGGAACCGGGCACACAUAUAACUCAGCUGCGAACUCUGCCGGAUUAUCCCACACUGAUGCUUUAAGCGCUUCUGUAAGUCACAGUGGCCCAGAAAACAAAUUACCUUGCCAUGGAAACGGCUGUGGGAGCAUCGGAACUGGUCAAUUAUACAGUGGUAACAACGUACCAGGGUCAUCCUACGAUGGAUUCGUAAGUGGCCCACAAACCUUUACAAAUGUGGAAAAUAAAUUUCCGUGUUCUGGAAACGGCUGUGGAACCACUGGAGCUGGUUCAUCAUAUGGGAGUGCUGCUGCUUCAGAGUCAUCGCACUCUGACAACUUAAGUGGUACACAUAGUCUUAGUGAUUCUGGAAACAACACUCCGUGCUCUGGAAGUACUUGCAAAGUCAACGGUAUCGAAUCAUCAUACGACGACAACAACGCAGCAGUAUCAUCUCACCCUUCUAUCCCAAGUGGCUCGCACACGCACCAUAAUGGGGGAAAUAAACUUCUAUGCUCUGGAAAGGAUUGCUCUAGUGCAAACACUCCGUGUGAAGGUCUCAGCUGUAGUGGCAGUACCAUUGAUACAAAAUGUCAAUUUGGUAAAUGUUCACAAAGCACAUCAGACAAUUUGAAUAUUGAAAAACAUUGCGGCUCUGGGCAGUGUAAUUCAACUCCCGAAAAAGUGUUGACAAAUGUGGAAAACUGUAAGUCAGGCCAGUGUGCAACCAAUUACGAACAAACGAAAGCACCCAACUCUUAUGAUAUACCUGUUAAAUCAAAACCGACCCAAAGUUUAUCGAAUUUGAAUUUUGAUAAAACAUCUUCACCAUCUCCUUAUCACCAUGGAUCUACUGAAACUGGUAGCGGCAUCAAUUGUGACCAUGGAAGUUGUAAGCACUCUCAUGUUGAUCACAAUUCCAAACCACUUGAAACGACUGGCACCUUAAAUUUGAACCAAGGUUUUCAUGAUACAAAAUGCGAUACGCCGAACUGUCAAACAUACAAUUACGACUCCAGUGCAUCACCUGGUGAUAGUUUUGCUCCGGGGGUCCAUAAACCUGGAAUUUAUUUGACGACUCCAAAUAUCGGCCCUGCUUGUUCGACUCCGAAUUGUAAUCCGGCACAAAAUACUGUUACCGGAAGUAAACCAUCUAGUUAUAAUGUGCCUAUUCAAUCUGUUCUCAACAAACCAACAAAUGACAAAUCACCAUUCGACAACAGUAACUUAUCACUAGAUGGUAUUUCAUCAAGUUGUGCUUCUGGGAAAUGCACCGGACAUAACAAACCAACCAACGUAGAUGUUACCCUCAUCAAAUACCCAACAGCUAUACAAGAUUCUCCAACACAUUAUCCUACUGGCACUGUUGCUUGUAAUACCCCAAAUUGCGCCAAAGAAGCUGAAGCAACGCAAAUAGAUAACAAACCUGUAUUCGAACACGGAGUUUCUAUAACUCCUUGUAAAACAGCAAAUUGUGGAUCUAGUACAAGUGGUCCAAAUUAUGCAUCUCAUAUUGGUGCCGCUUUAUCUCCACCAAACUACGCCAAUCCACUACCUACGUUACCACCAUAUCAAUCAAAUGGCGCAACAUUUGCCACAGUUCCUAAACAUCCAGGAACUCCACAAUAUUUUUUGUCUCACGAAACUCCUCCUUCAACAGUACUUCUUACUCCGACUUGCACUACACGAGAUUGUGCUGGAAACGCUGUUUUAAAACCUGGAUUUGCCCCACCAAUACAACCUACAAUACCCUAUCAACAAACAAAUAUCGUACCAUCUACGCCAUUUUACAAUACUCAUACUAAUAAUUUAUCCAAUUGCAAUACGCCGAAUUGUGCCUCUUCCUCUGCUAAUCAUGCCAAACUUCCAAAUUAUAGCGGAGGAUUUGGAGGUACAACAACAAGCUUUUUGAAACCAAAUGAUUAUAGCCUAUCUCAUUCAAAUGUCGGUGCGUCUUCUAAUGCUGGCGUUUCAACUGGAAUUAACACAAAACCUAAUGCAGUUCAAAAACCAAAUGCAGAUUCAUCAACAGAUCAAAAUCAACCCACCUAUUCUGGUGGUUUUGGUGGACCAUCAGGCUUACUUACACCGAAUGCUGUCGGUACCCAACAAGUUGUACACAAUCAAGUAAAACCCACUCACAGUGGGAACCCAAGUCUUCCUUCUUAUUCUGGCAGCUUUGGAAUAUCUACAGGAACUGUCAAACCCCAUGACUCCCAUCCUGUGAACUUUGGAACUUUGUCAGACUCCAAUAGAUUGCCAACCAAUAAUGUACUCGGAACUAAUAUUCAAGUUGGAGCUGGGACUACUUCACAUAUUGAUCAUAAGCCUGCUUCCACUGACAAAGAGCUCCCACAGUAUAAUGGAGGAUUCGGUGGACCAUCCGGCCUAUUAAAACCAAACGAAUUUAAAGUACCAAUUAAAAACAUAAUUGUUAGUAAACCUGUAACAUCACAACAAACUCCCAGUAGCUGUUCUUCAGGAAAUUGUGACAACCAUGCAACUGCUGCUGCAAGCGGUGCUACAGCACAAGCUGAAGCUGUGGCUUAUGCAGGAGGUUUCGGAGGACCACCAGGCGUUCUUCAGCCUCAUGAUCAUGGAAAGCUCGAACAUUCUGGCCUAGGAACAAAUCAUGCAUUAGGAAGUCAAUUUGCUACAAGUCAAGGCAGUGAUAAAGCUUUAGGUAGCGGCACUACAAGCGGUGUCGGAUCUUCUACAGAUUUUCAAGCUGGUUUUGGUAAAUCAAACGGAGAAAUAGGGACCCCCAAAGCAGGAAUUAUAUCUACGGCAACUGCCCAAGCUACUGCUGUCGCCUCAGCUACAGCGUCUGCUGGAUUUAAAACUGGGAUUCAUGGUCACGAAGAUAAACCCUCUGGAGGUUGUGGAGGCGGCUGCGAUUCUAAUGGAGGUUCCCACGGUAGUAGUUCAAACCUUGGACAUGCUGGCGGACUAGCUUACUCGAAAUCUGGACACUUAUAUGGUUGGAAUGGUGGGCAGAAUGUUGCUGCGGGUGCUUCAGCAAAAAGUGUUGCAGGUGCAAUAAGUGACGCGCGAGCCUUUGGAUACGGCGGCUCAGCGCAUGCAACUGCUUCAGCUCACGCGUCUGCUGGUUUUCCCACAAAAGGAGGUAAGAUGAUAAUUUCUGAUCACAACAACACGAAAUUAAAGAAACAAUCAUUGCUCAAUAUGACAAUAGAUCACAGACAGUAUUUGCCCACAGAUUGUAGGUAAAAUUAAAUUUACAAUGAUCAUUGCAUAAUUAUCACGCAUUGGUACAAUAUUAGGACCGAAAGUAUUGAAUCGAAAGCACUUUUAAAAUAUUUUUUAUGCGCGAAAUAGCUAAACCAGUUCACGACUCAUCUUAAGCUAACAGAUUAUCGGAGCUUAUAGACGUCAUCAUAAGGUGAAUACUACUCACCUUAGGAAAACAAGUCAAAAUUUUUCCCGUACGUUAAAUCACAAUAAUGCCAAUGAAAUUAUCACAGCAAAAAGGCGCCAAACAAAAAAAAAUGAUCCGAUUAUAAUUUGUCUUGAAGUAAGGAGUCGAUUGGAUUUUUACUAAUUAUGGAGAGGAUCUCACGACCUACCCGGCGUAAAGUCAUUGCAACGUGAAUGCAUCUUGAGACAUGAGAUCUAAGUCAUAAUUUGAAUUGGUAUACUCGUAAAGGUUGUCCUACACAUAAAACAAACGUAUAAAACCUGCACGACAUAUUAUUUAUGAUACAUGUAUUUAUAUUUCAGGUUACGGAGGCUAGGACAGCUUCGAAAAAGAAUAUGAAGUUGCCUGCAUAAGAUUGAAAUCAUUAGAAAAUACAAGACUUGAUUGAAUUAAGACAUUGUGAUAUUUCGUGUGAAUGAACAUAAGUUAAAAGUCAUUUUCUAAAAUAAAGUAUGAAAAUAAAAAAGGUUUUCAAUAUACAAAAAA